AUUCGGUCAACCUCCGCAGUAGGCGCAAGUUUCGUAUAAUUCGGAUUUCUUUACUUUUCCCCAAAAACCGUCUCAUUUUUACUAUCUUCCGGCUUGCAGUGAAGAAAGUCGUGCGUGAAAGCUGGUGGACAUCAGAAAACCAAAUCUUCUUGCUCUUUAGUGGGUAGCAAAUUUGAGUGAUUGAUGACAUUACCAAUGUCGCAGAUCUGAUCUCUUUGUUUCGUUGCGUCCCAAAAGCACGCUUCAAGAAUGAAGUCUGUUUUGAAACUCCGCUGUUUAAAUGAUAUGGUCAAACGUGGGUCAUUGCAUCAUGUUAAUGGUUCAUCAAAUUAUGCGACGGGAGCUUUCACAUCAAAAUCCCCCCCUAAAUUGGGACUGAUGCUACCACAACCUCACCACUGCCACAGUCAUACGACACAAUGUGUUGGUGCGACUGAAAUACGAAGAACGAUGUCAUACAAGACUAAUAAGAUCAGACCAUCAUCACAAAAUAUUAUAAGUCACAAUCUUAUUAAUGAUGACCAAGCUACGUUACCACCAUUAGAUAAACCAGAUCACGUCGCCCAAAAUUAUACUGCAGGGUCGCAUCGGUCGUGGAAGAAAUUAUGCCAGAGGUUUCCUGAGCUUGGAGAGCUGAAUCAAAAACAAUUGGUACAAUUGUUAGAAGUUCUCUCAAUACAUGGUAUACCACCCGAUGCUGGUGCAGAGAUAUCAGUCAAGUAUCCUGCUAUUCUAAAUCUCACGGAAGCUAGCAUAAUUGGAACAAUUUCUGCAUUAAGAAAUUGUGGCUUCAACGAAGAACAUAGAACAAAACUUCUGAGAAAAUUCCCCCAAAUUUUUGACCUACACAAGUCUGAAUUUAGAAAUAGAAUCGGAUUCUUAAAUACGUAUUUUGAGAAUAGCGGAGAAUCACUAAAAGCAGUUAUGAAUAGUGUCGAGGCAUUGACAGAAGCCGAACACAUUGUUAAACGCAAACUGCGGUAUCUAAUAUUUGACUUGGCUCAUGCCACUUCUUCCAUUAAAAACUGCAACGUUUUAUCAUUUCCUCUUCAAUUUAUGAAAAUACGUCACGAAUUUCUAAUAAAAGCCGGUAUAUAUGUUCCCAUCCCGUACCGUAAACUGAUAAAGGUUAGAGAGAAAGAGAAAGCAUCAAAACUUCCCAGGGCCAAGUAUUUCAAACCUGACGAUGUUGUGUGCACAAGUGACAAACAAUUUUUGAAAACAUGUACACGCGGAGCCUUCAACACGAACGAUCUCGCCGCAUUCGAAGAAAUAUUUCUAGCUCACCAAGAAGAAGAAGGAGUUGAGGAAGAUGAUGAUGUCAUUGAGAAUGAUAUGAAGAGAAUGCUCUCAGACGAUGAGGAUGAUGAUAACGACGACAAACAUCAAGACAUGAUUCUUAAUUCAACUGGAUUUGGGAAUAAAGCUGAAGUGGAACAUUUUUACUUUUAAGAAAUUUAUCUUUCGCCACUAGUCGAAUGUCUAUUAACAAUAAAAAAGUCGAUGAUAUACAAAUACUGAAAGUCCUUUGAUACUAUAAUACACACUUGUUACUUGUAUGAAACAGCAGCGUCAUACUCUUCGAGAGAAAGCAUGAAAUAUUUUCAUGGUUAUUAUGUGCAAACGAGUCUCUCCUUUGAUGGAAACAGCGGGAAGAAUUCCUCGCGCUGGAUAUCUCGUUACAGUAAAUAAAUAAUAACCAAGCUGAAGUUUAGUUUCUGAACUGACUUUAACAUCAGUAACAUCUAUUUCUACUUGCUUGAUAUUAGCAGGUAAUUAAUUGACACUUCAUUCUGAAGAAAUCAUGUCCGAAUCCGAAGUCUCGUUGUACACUCUAAAGAAGCCUCCGUCUAAAUGGGAGGAUGACGUUCAUCCGAGCAAAGCUUCCUUUACGGGAAGUAGUUUCAGCAGCAGUUACUCCUCCCACCAUCAACAUACCAUUAUUGACCAUCAAUCUCGUUCUCGACAAAGUACUCUACGUGUCGUCGACCCCACCAACUCCAACCUGACCGUGAGAAAUGAGUCACGACACUUUAACACCAUUAACUUUGUGCCGUCUGAGAAUUACUUGCCUGGUGCAAAUCUCAGCUUAAUUGACGGUAUGUCGCCAGAAGACCAAGAAAAUUUACUAACCGAAGAACUCCUGAAGGUACUCACCGGAGCUCAGUCUACUGUAAUCCAAGUUAACCAAACUAAACCAAAUCAGAUUAGUUUUGUGGUUGAUGCACUGGUGGAGAACUCCCUAAAAGAAUUGGCGUUGCAAGUGGCUCAACUGGCUACUCACUACCAUGCUGUCACAAAAUUUGUUGAAACAUGGUCAAAGUUUGAACACGGUCAAGUAAAUCAAGCUUUAGGAGCGGCCUUAAGGGAUAUAUUAAAAGAUUACUUUAUUCUAUUGUCACAAACGGAAACUCUUUUCAUGAAGGGGGAACUGUCUCUUCAAAAAAUGUUGUUCUUUGUUCAUCCAACAUUACAAGUGAUGGGGACGCUGAGGUCUAUCGUUAAUGAGAUUGAGAAGCAAGACUCAUGUGGAGGACAAGUGUUGACCUUACUUCAUGAGAAAGCCAUAUCAAUGGUGGGGGAUGCAGUCGGGCAGAGUUUGUGCUACGAUUUGGCUCAGCAGGCGUCUGCACCGUAUUUUACGAUUUUAGAAAACUGGAUAUACAAAGGCAUGAUCAGAGAUCCAUUCGACGAGUUCUUUGUGUUUGAUAGUGACAGAGGAGAUGGCUUGAAACUAGAAGUGAACGAUAAUGACAACUACUGGGAAACGAGGUAUCUACUUGUCCCAGAAAAGUGUCCCUCAUUUUUAAACUCAGUUAGUCAAGAAAUAUUGAAAGCUGGAAAAUAUCUUAACGUGAUCCGCCAGUGUGGAAAGGAUGUUUGUAUAACCUCAAACAACAAAAUUAGUUACAGCAUUCAUGAACGCGUAUAUGUGGCAGUUAUUGAAAAGGCCUAUGUUUUUGCAAGCAAAACUUUGCUAGACAUGUUAUUAAAUGAAUACGAUUUGAUGAGACGAUUAAAGUCUGUCAAGCAUUACCUCCUGAUGGACCAGGGCGAUUUCAUUGUACAAUUUCUGGAUUUGACGGAGAGCGAGCUAAACAAGCAAAUUGAUGAUUUAAAUCCAGUAAGGCUAGAAUCUCUUCUAGAACUUGCCUUGCGUACAUCAUCAUCGGCGACGGACCCUUAUAAAGAUUGUGUAAAAGUACAAUUAUUUCCGUACGGAAUCGCUGAACAAAUGCUGAAUAUAAUUGCUAUUGAGACUCCAUUAGAGCAGAGAAAGUUUCAGAUGCAAUCCGAUCACUGCAACUUUGGAAUACCUGGAUUUGAAGGAUUUUCAUUCUCGUAUGAAGUGCAGUGGCCAAUCUCGCUAGUGUUAAAUUCCCGAGCCAUCAUUUGCUAUCAAAUGAUAUUUCGGCAUUUAUUCUUCUGCAAGCAUGUGGAGAGGCAAUUGUGCAAAGUGUGGAUUGCCAAGAAAUGCUUCAAGAAUACUAAUUUAACCCAAGACUCGGAAAAAGCAGCUGCAUUUUCACUACAUCAAAGAAUGUUAAACUUUGUACAAAAUCUCCAGUAUUACAUGGCCUUUGAGGUCAUCGAACCAGCGUGGCACACGUUUAUUACCACUUUGGCUAAAGUGACUAAUGUAAAUGAAGUUUUGAAUUGUCACCUUGCCAUGGUCAACUCAAUUUUGGACGAUUCAAUGCUCACCAGCCCAUCCUUACUUGCAAAAAUGACUGCAUUACUGUCACUAUGUCUUCAAUUUUCUGAUAAAAUCCUUGGCUCGUCUGAAAAUCAACUAGUGAGUUUCCAAAACCUAAACGUUACGAUUGAAGAAUUAACUCGGAGCUUCACUAAAGAAUUAGUAGAAUUUCUCCGCGAAGUGUCUAGUAUCGUACAAAAUCCGAACCAAUCUUCAAAAGUUGCCAACAUUAUUUAUCGAGUUAAUUUUAAUGGGUUCUACACCGAUGCACUAGACAUGUAGAUACAAACAUAUGUAACCAACAACUUUUACUGUUUUAUAAUGUCGCAUUCAUUUAAAUAAUGAUGCACACUAAAGUAAAUACAUCAAGUUUCCCAACUAA